AUGAUUUCGCCUGGAUAUGGGUCAGUUUUUGGGUCUUCGCAGUAUUUAAAUCAUCCUGUAUCGAAAACUCAGCAGCAGAUAAUUUCAGAUACUUCUAAUACUAUGAAUUUUUCAUUAUCUAGAACUAGUCCGUGUUUUGGGACUUCUGUUCCAUUUGGAAAUACAUUUAUGAGUUCUCGUGGAGAUAAUGUAGAAGGAUAUCAGAAUUUACCUGAUAAUGUAAAGAUGUAUAAUUGGAUUAUAGAAUUAAUAAGUGGGAGUUCUGGAAGAGAACAUGCUCUUCUUGAAUUGAGUAAGAAGCGUGAGCAGUUUGAUGAUCUUGCUUUUAUUUUGUGGCAUUCUUUUGGUGUAAUGACAAGCUUACUUAAAGAAAUUGUUUCUGUUUAUCCUCUUUUGCUUUCGCCUCAACUUACAACUCAUGCUUCUAAUCGUGUUUGUAAUGCUCUUGCUUUAUUACAGUGUAUUGCAUCGCACAAUGAGACGCGAACUCUUUUUCUUAAUGCUCAUAUUCCUCUUUUUCUAUAUCCUUUUAUGAGUACUACAUCAAAGUCCCGGCCAUUUGAAUAUUUGAGACUGACUUCAUUGGGUGUUAUUGGUGCUUUAGUAAAAAAUGACUCUACCGAUGUAAUUAAUUUUUUACUUUCUACUGAGAUUAUUCCUCUUUGUCUCCGUAUCAUGGAAACAGGCUCAGAGUUAAGCAAAACAGUUGCUAUUUUUAUUGUACAGAAAAUAUUAACUGACGAUAUGGGUCUUGCAUAUAUUUGUCAAACAUAUGAAAGAUUUUAUGCUGUAGGUACUGUUUUGAGUAAUAUGGUAGGGCAGCUUGUUGAAAAUCAAGUUCAUCGUCUUCUGAAACACGUUGUACGAUGUUAUUUGCGAUUAAGUGAGAAUCCUAGAGCUCGAGAAGCUUUACGCCAAUGCUUACCUGAGCCUUUAAGGGAUGCUACAUUUUCAAAUCUUCUUAAGGAUGAUUUAUCUACAAAACGUGCUUUAGCACAGCUUUUAGUUAAUUUAUCUGAUAGUGUAAUUGGGUAA